CUUUGGCUUCAUCGCACUCGAAAGAGUUUGAAACGCUCACUGCAGUAGAAGCCAAUUCACUGGUAGCAGUGUCAGCAGUCAAUCCAUCGGAAAUGGCUAGAUUUUUGAAUUUUGAGGAUGAUUUUAUUCCUUGCUCCCUAUGGUCUAUAUGUACUGCUGAAACAGAGAGGCAAGUACAAUUACUAUCACCGUUGCCAUUUGAUGAGUUGUCACCAUCGAUAAUGAAAACUUUUUUCGAGGAUGAGUUCAACACUUCUUCGCCACAUUCUUCUUUUAUUGAAGAAUCGGGGACACCGCCACCGGCAACAUCUCCAACUUUUUCACACACGCGAGAGUUAGAGACACUCAGCACGGUCGAGUGGGGCUCACCAAUGGAUUUGACAGUUGCAUCGUCGAUAGGUGCUGUCAUCGAUACAUCGAUUCCUUCUGUAACGAUAUCCACAACAUCCCCCAUCCUAACCUGCUCAACAUCGUCCGCUGCUCCCUCAACACUUGUUGUGGAUCUCACAACAACAUCUGCCCCAACCUGCUCAAUAUCGUCCGCUGCCCCCUCAAUACUUGUUGUAGAUCUUGCAACAACACCUGCCCCCCAAUACCUGUUGUGA